AUGGCUUCUUCUUCGACUUCAACCCCUAUCCCUCCAAAGAAAUAUGAUGUCUUCCUUAGUUUCAGAGGAGAAGACACUCGUCGUGGUUUUACCAGCCACCUCUAUGAUGCUUUGGAUCGGAAUAAAAAAAUCCUAACGUUCAUAGAUAAUGAUCUUGUGAGAGGAGAUGAAAUUUCAUCAUCACUUUCGAAAACAAUUGAAGAGUCCAAGCUUUCUGUGAUUAUUUUUUCUGAAAAUUAUGCAUCUUCAAAAUGGUGCUUAGAGGAGCUUGUACAGAUUCUUGAAUGUAGAAAAAAAUAUGGACAGAUAGUUGUUCCGGUUUUCUACUCGGUUGCUCCAUCUCAAGUUAGAAAUCAAACAGGAAGCUUUGGAGAUGCAUUUGAUAGACUAAUAAAGGAGAAAGCUUUGGCCAUGGACAAAGUGCAGAGCUUCAGAAGCACUUUAAAGGAUGCGGGCGGUCUAUCAGGGAGGCACUUAGGGGAGUUUGAGUUGGAGUCUGAAUUUGUCCAGAAAAUUGUGGGGGAUAUUUUGAAGAAAUUGUCAAAUAUGUCCUCAAGUCAGACUAAGGAUCUAGUUGGAAUUGACGCACGCCUUGCCAAAAUUGAGUCCUUGUUAAACGAGGAAUCGCAAGAUGUUUCCCUUGUAGGAAUAUGGGGAAUGGGUGGUAUUGGGAAGACAACGAUUGCUAAAGCUGUGUUGAGCAAAAUUCAGACUCAAUUUGACGGAACUUUUUUUGCAAACUUUAGGGAAGAAUUAAAAAGAUGUUCCAUGGUUGAUUUGGAAAGAAGCUUUCUUUCGCAACUAUUAGGCCAAGAAAUUCUGAACGGAAGUGAGCAAAUUGAAGGCAUAUCUCUUGACACAUCCAAAUUAUCGAGAGAGACGCACUUGGAAUCUGAUGCUUUUGCUGAGAUGUGUCGUCUUAGAUUUCUCCAAAUCUUUGAUGGCUAUCCCUUCACUAGAUUGCACCUUCCUUCUAGUGGUCUCGAUUGUCUUUCUGAUGAGUUGAGAUAUCUACGUUGGGAUGGAUUUCCUUCGAAAUCUUUGCCACAAAAUUUUUGUGCUGAAAACCUCGUUGAGCUUGAUUUUUCUUGGAGUAAGGUUGAAAAACUUUGGAGAGGAGUACAGGAUCUUGUAAAUUUAAGAAGAAUCGAACUCAGUGGGUGUGAAUGCUUGACGGAAUUGCCAGAUCUAUCAAAGGCCAACAAUUUAGAGUUUUUAGAUCUUGAAGGCUGUCAAAGUUUAACAGAGGUUCCGUCUUCCUUUCAAUGUCUUGAGAAGCUGGAAACACUCUAUCUCAAUGAAUGCUACAAUCUUAGAAGUCUCCCAACUAGGUUUGAUUCAACGGUGCUCAGCGAAUUGAGUAUGACUAAGUGUCUCGGUAUCAGUAAGUGUCCAGAGGUCAUUUCACAAAAUAUGAAAUCCUUAUCAGUAAGUGGAACUUCAGUAAGAGAUGUGGCUGGAUCAAUUACUAGUACGUUGGAAACAUUGAUUAUGGGGGGUUGCUCAAAUAUUUCCAAGUUUCCAGAGGGUUUACGGGAUAUAGAAGAAUUAGAUCUAAGUGGGACAGCUAUAGAAGAGGUGCCCUCCUCAAUCCAGUUUCUCACCAGACUGGACACAUUGUAUAUGAGGGGUUGCUCAAAACUAGAGAGCUUCCCAGAAACUACGGGGCCUAUAAAAUCUUUAGAUACUCUUGAUUUGGGUAAAACUGGUAUUAAACAGCUGCCCUCAUCAUUUAAAGCACGUGACUGUGCAUCACAAGAAACCGUCAAUUUAAGGAGUGGCUCAAUUAGUUUGGAUUUUUCAAAUUGCUUCAAAUUGGAUCAGAAAGCACUGUCAGCAGAUAUGCAUUUGAAAAUUCAGUCUGCAAAGAUGCGAUAUAUUGAAAUGAUUUUCCCGGGGAGUGAAAUUCCAGAAUGGUUUAGGGAUCAAGGAGUGGGGUCUUCUGUAACCAUACGGUUUCCCUUGAACUGUCAACAGCUCAAGGGAAUUGCUUUCUGCUUCGCCUUUCUAAUUCCCUCACAUGAUUUGAUUUACAAUUUCAUCAAAGGUGAACAUGCUCCCAUAAAAUUUGGUUGCCGUGUCAAAACUAAAAACGGCGAGCAUAAGGAGGCCCUCGCUGACCUGCCAAAUGGAUAUAUCACAAUUCCAUUUUACUCAGAUCACAAGUUCUUAAAGUACGAGGCCAUAGUAUCGGAAAAUCGAUUCAGUAAAUAUUCUGGCAAAGAAGUUACAUUUGAAUUCUACCCAAGAGUAUCGGAAUAUCACGAUCCGGUGAGGACGGAGGAGCAACUGGGUGAGAUCAAAAAGCUUUGCAAGGUGAAAAGGUGUGGGGUAUAUCUUCACUUUGAUGAAAAUCUACCUAGCAAGAAGCACUCUGAUGAGUAUUUGAGUGAAGAGGACUCAGUUGAUGAUGAGAUGGAAGGUUCAGCCAUUAAUUUCAAGUCCACUCCACUCCAGAUCUCUUACCACAUUGCAAGUGAUUCCUCAUUUUCAGAGACGGAGCGAUUUCCUUUUCUUAGAAACAUUGUGCUCGAUCAUGGCACCGUGCAUGAGGAGAUAAAUCUUAAUUGGAUGCUUAUGAGAGCUGGUGAUCAACGUAAAGAUACCGUGCGUUGCAUGCUUAUGAGAGCUGGUCUAAUAACCCCACCACCGAUGCUUGUGAUGGGACAGAAAAAAGGACCAUCUGGCAUACCUUCAACAACUCAUGAUGCUCUACGCAAACAAGAUGUGUAUUCCCGUUUAUUUUCGUUUGUUAGGGUUUCGCAAGAGAAGCGCAUUAACUCUUUUAUGGCAUAUUUAUACAUAAGCAAUGAUGGGCAUGAUAGGUUGUACGUCUUUAAUUGCCAUUUUCCUUGCCUUUCUGAACUUGCAUUUUCCAUUUCUCAUGUCACUGCAAAGAUAACUGUUAAAACGGCCAAAUGGAUGACUCCUUAUGUUGCAGACAUCCAAAAGUUUGGGAAUGUGAAGCACGUGCCUCAGAUGAAGAAAAUAGUGAUAUUGCAGAGGUUUGAAUACGGCAAAGCUACUGAUGAUCAAACUUAUGCAGAAGUAGGAAGUCAUGUGGAAGUAAGAAGUGAGAACUCUGAUGCAAAGAGGAAAACAGUUUUUUACGUGAUGGAUGAGGCAGAUUUAGAGUGGCUGAGGAGAAGUAUGGUGGCCAUUAUAUCAGGAAGUGUAGACUAUGGCUGCUUACAAUCUGAUUUGAAGGGUAUUGGCCUGGACCCUUUUCAAUUGCGAUUCCUUGGAGGUUCAUAA